GGUCUGGAUGAAUUCGGAUUUAGUAAACAUGGAAUCGCCGGCAAUGAUGUGUAUGAAAUUUGGAGGUAUAACAGACAGUUCUUUGAUCAUGUUUUAGUGUCACCUAAAUUUAAGGAUUACACUGUAAAAUCUAUAAAUAAAUUGUUUGAAGAAUUGAGGUGGUACUGGCAGUCUCUUGGAAUGCAAAAGGUUCCAAAUAAUAAAAACAACAAUAACUGGACUUUAGAAACAGAUUUUUCUGAAUGGUUUCAUGCAUAUGCAAAUGAAGCUAUUUCAGUAAUAGUCACCAGUGAACGCACAUAUUCAAUUGCCUCCUACUAUAACAUGCAAAGGGCUGUCAAACAUGAAUAUUCUGAUGCAAUGGUCGAAGAUGGGAAUAAAUUUGUCAAAGCAUUAGUAGACCACAUCCAUGGUCUCACCUUCUUCAUGCUGGUUGGCAAAUUCUUAAGGCAUUACGUUCCAAUAAUUAAAGAUAUGGCAAAUUUUUACUUAAAAAACC